AUGGCCUCGGCAUGGCGAUCCUACCUGAAACGCUCCAUCGAGCAUCUCCGUGAUCGAUCUGCAGAAGGUCAGUUCAAGCCCCCCGAGCCUGUAGCCCACUAUGGGACUCGAACGAACAGAGCUCGCUCACCCCCAUCACUACGGCGUCAUGUUUUUGCUCGGCAGUUCUUCGAGCUCAGCCCACCCCCGUACAUGGAACUGUCUUGCCUCUCGUGACGCUCAAGUCGAGCGAGGACCUUCGCCAAUUCAUCAAGGGCUGCGAUGCCGAUCUCGGUUAGUCCGAAGCUCACUUGCCAUCGGGCACACCACAACAUCACUCAUGAGGCUAACACCGUCACUGAUCAUCGCAGGCGGCAAAUCUAUCGCCAAUCUUGAUUUGGGACCCGAAGGAAAGGGACGCUUCUGGGGAUCGCUGUCGAACGAGUUGCACACAGGUCGACGGAAAGAGGGCGUCAUCGAACGAGGAGGGUAUGCUGGAUUCAGGACAAAGGUACUAUAGCCCUAGCACUCUUCCCGAUUCGAGGUUCAACCCUACUGAUAGGUUGUAUUCGCUUUGUCUGCCAAAAGCAACGAACGACCGUAUUCGGAACACGGUUCUGGGACACGGAGUUGCACGACUUUCUUCGAUUACGCGUCAAAAGCUCUGGUGAUGGUAUGAGGUACUUCGUCAACAUCCAGACCGAUGGACCAGGUAGGUCUGAAAAAGUGGUUUUGUUGCCGGCUACGUUGAGCUCGCACACUCACCCGCCUCUCCCUCCCUUUCCCACAGUUCGGUCCGACCUGUUCCAACAUCGACUGUGGCUGCCUUCUCCUACCUCCCCUGAAGCUCCCCACGAAUGGUGCGACGUCUUGAUCCCAUUCGAAGACUUUGCUCUCACCAACUCGGGUGACAUGAGUGAGCUUCAGAUCGAGAUGUAUCGCGCCAAAGUUCGGACAGUCGGCAUCUCCGUCUUGGGUCCCAAGCAGGGAAGGUCAGUGUGGACCCGAACAAGCGCUCAAAAUGCAUGUCAGGCUUGAGAGACUGAUCGAGAAUAUGCCCUCUUAUUCUCUUCACUCAGGUACGAGCUCGGUAUCGAAUCGAUCGACGCUGUCUCGCUCGAUAAAGCUCAAGUCGAUUCGGCGAGGAAAGAGCUUUCGUCGGCCAGUCUAGAGAAAAAUGUGAUCUGA